AUGGUUAAGAUCUGGACAAUUUCACUCGUUUCUUUGAUGGCCUCUACUGCGCUAGCGCUUCCUGCCCAGGAUGGCAGUGGUAGUCCUGGACAGUACUUGCCAAACAGCGUGAUUGGUGCUGGUGAAGACAUCACAUUGAAUGUCGUCGCUAAGCAUGCCCAAAAGAAGACAUGCACGAGGAAAAAGACAACCACAACAAAUCACGGUGACAAUGUCGUUCCGCAUACUGUUUACGAAGAGUGUCCUUGCGAAUUGACUUCGACAUCGAUAAUCCCUACAACAACCUCAACAACUUCAUGCACCAAGACUACACCAUUGUCUACUUCCAAGACAUGCACUAAGAAGAAAUCAUCGACAACGAAAACUUCAUGCACAAAGGAAACAACCGGUACCACAGGCACCAACGAGAAACCUGUGAGUCCUGAGACCUCAACUACUUCGUGCACUAAGACAAGAGAAACUCAUUCCACUACCUGCACUAAGGAAAGACCAACAACCACUUGCACUAAGGAAAGACCAACCACUACUUGCACUAAGGAAAGACCAACCACUACUUGCACUAAGGAAAGACCAACCACUACUUGUACAAAGAAGCGGCCAACGACUACUUGUACCGAAAAUAGCACAACUUCUGGUACUAAUGUGAAACCAGUGACUCCAGUUUCAAGUUUUUCUGAAUCUACCUACGAGUCUUCUACAGCUGAGACAAGCACCCCAUGUACCGAGUGUAGUCAAACUACACAAGAGACGUCGACUGUUCCAGCCACGACUACCCCAUGCACCAAGAAGUCCCACUCCAGCUCUGUGACUACCAGCUCGGUUCCAGUGGUUCCAGUUUCCAACACCACCACCACUUUUGAAUCUUCGACUGCUCCAGUCACCUCUCCUACCGGUCCAGCCACGACUACCCCAUGCACCAAGAAGUCCCACUCCAGCUCUGUGACUACCAGCUCGGUUCCAGUGGUUCCAGUUUCCAACACCACCACCACUUUUGAAUCUUCGACUGCUCCAGUCACCUCUCCUACCGGUCCAGCUACGACUACCAGCUCGGUUCCAGUGGUUCCAGUUUCCAACACCACGACCACUUUGGAAUCUUCUACUGCUCCAAUCACUACUCCUACCGGUCCAGCCACGACUACCCCAUGCACCAAGAAGUCCCACUCCAGCUCUGUGACUACCAGCUCGGUUCCAGUGGUUCCAGUUUCCAACACCACCACCACUUUUGAAUCUUCGACUGCUCCAGUCACCUCUCCUACCGGUCCAGCUACGACUACCAGCUCGGUUCCAGUGGUUCCAGUUUCCAACACCACGACCACUUUUGAAUCUUCGACUGCUCCAGUCACCUCUCCUACCGGUCCAGCCACGACUACCCCAUGCACCAAGAAGUCCCACUCCGGUUCUGUGACCACAUCAGUUCCAUUCGAAUCAUCAUCCAGCUCCGUGGUUUCAAGUUCUGCAUUUGUUUCAACUUCUUCUGAAGUCAGUUCAAGCAGUAUAACCUCAGAGGAAACUUCUUUAACGUCAACUAGCUUCCUGAUUUCGAGCACAACCACUUUUGGAUCUUCUAAGUUCUUCCCAUACACCAACUCGACUACUCUAUUGCCAGGGUCUGAAACCACUGUUAUUCCUAGCCAGUCGACAACAACUGGAAACACGCCUUCCACUAGUGCUCCAUCUACAUCCGGUGCUUCUUCCACUGAAGUCCCAUCGACUGCCCCAUCUUCUACUGGAGCUCCAUCUACAUCCGGUGCCUCUUCCACUGAAGUUCCUUCUACAUCUGGUGCUUCUUCUACUGGAGCUCCAUCUACAUCUGGUGCCUCUUCCACUGAAGUUCCUUCUACAUCCGGUGCUUCUUCCACUGAAGUCCCAUCGACUGCCCCAUCUUCUACUGGAGCUCCAUCUACAUCUGGUGCCUCCUCCGCUGAAGUCCCAUCUACGUCCGGUGCUUCUUCCACUGAAGUCCCAUCUACAUCUGGUUCCUCUUCAACUGAAGUCCCAUCGACUGCCCCAUCUUCUACUGGAGCUCCUUCUACAUCUGGUGCCUCCUCCACUGAAGUUCCUUCUACAUCUGGUGCCUCUUCCACUGAAGUCCCAUCUACAUCUGGUGCUUCUUCUACUGGAGCUCCAUCUACAUCUGGUGCCUCCUCCACUGAAGUUCCUUCUACAUCUGAGGCUUCUAGCGAAGUUCCAUCGGCCGCCCCAUCUACUGGUUCAUCGAAUAUUCCUGCAUCGUCUGUGACUUCGAUUGUCACAACCACGUUUUCUGGAACAGUAACAUCAUUUACAACCGUAUGCCCUUACACCGAAAAGCCAUCUCAGAGUGAAACGACCAACCCUACGUCUGUGACAUCUGUGGUAACCACCACCGUCUCCGGAACAAUUACCUCUUUUACCACCGUCUGCCCUUACACCGAAAAGCAAGCUACUGCUCAAAGCGCUAGCUCUACCGAGUCUGAAAUAAAUACAUUGAUCAGCUCAACAACUUCCGAAAUGACAUCUGUUACGUCUGACUCCUCGAAUGUGAACUCAGCUUCAACCUCAUCCGGAGCGGAGACUGAACAGGGCUCGAUUAUUGUUUCUACGAGUAGUUCAGGCCAGGUGACAUCCACCAUUGAGAGUGUUACCGAGCAGACUAUUUACCCAUCAAGCGGUUCUUACGCUACUGCCAGCUCUGGCGAGACUGCUUCUGUUUCAUCCACUGAGAUCAAUUCAACUGUAACAUCGCAGGUAACCGAACAAUCUAGCUCUCCAGCGACUUCGAUUCCUUCCGUUUCAACUGUUUCCACGUCUAAUUAUGUGCCAAAUGCCGCCUCUACUUCUGCAGUGAUUUCAACUUACGAGGGGGCUGCCAACAGGAUUGGUAUGGGCUUACUUUUGGCACUUCCAUUGGCACUUUUGUGA